AACUCUCUGUGGUUUAUUUAUCCUCCUCCCCACCCUUCUCAACCCAAUUACAAUACAUCUAAGAAGGUUUUCUCUUGCUGCGGUGGCCGGUGAAUUUUCUCUUGGAGAUGUCGCUGGAGGGGAAGGUCGUGCGGAGGGUUUGAGCUACCAGCUUAAUCUAUGGAAAAAGUUGGAAAAAUGUGGAACAAUCUAAAAUGCAGAUGCCAGAAUCUUUUCACCAAUGAAGGUGGAGACAGAAAUGAAAAGAACUCUCCAAGCCAUUGUAUUGAUAAGAAUGCAAGUAUUCACGUUGGUAAUCUGCCGCAGCAAUGCCUGAAUAGUCCAUUGAAUAGACGUGGAAUUAUGCCACUGGUCACAGAUGUGCUGGAAAAGAAAGAUCGAAGGAAUGGAAACUGUGUUUCUGAAAUCCCAGCAAUUGUUGAAGCUGAUGUAGAUAAAGAAAACACAGAUUUGCCUGCUGCACCAGAAACAUCUGUGGUUCGAAGAGACUCCUACUCCCGCCAUGCUCCAUGGGGUGGGAAGAAAAAUCAUUCUUGUUCCACAAAAACACAGACUUCAUUGGAUACAGAUAAGCGUUUUAGUAGGACCAGGUCGGGGUUGCACAGACGGGAAAGACGGUAUGGUGUGAGCUCUAUGCAUGACAUGGAGAAUGUGUCUAAUCGGACUGUGACACGACCAUCCGUGCGCCAACGUUUUCAAGAAACUGUGGGCCUGUGUUUUCCUAUACGAGCACGCAAACAGUCCAAAGGCUUAUUCUCGAGCAGGAGAAAGAUUCUUCUAUCAGAACUGAUGCUUGAAAAAUGUCCUUUUCCAUCUGGUUCAGACCUCGCCCAGAAAUGGCAUCUUAUAAAACAACAUACUGCUCCUGUCAGCCCACAGUCAGCCUGUUGGCUGGAGACUUUUGAUACUGCAUUUGCUUCCACAGAAGAUGAAGAAGAUCGCCUUCGUGAAAGACGCAGACUUAGCAUCGAAGAGGGGGUUGACCCUCCUCCCAAUGCUCUUAUACACACUUUUGAAGCAACUGCACAGAUUAAUCAAACAUAUAAGCUGGGACCAAAGCUAGCCCCUGGGAUGAGUGAGCUUUCAGGUGACAACCGUCCAAUGACAAAUGGAGACUGGGACUGUGAAGCGGACACAACCACAACAACUCUCUGUCUUCAGGCACGCAAACAAAAGCCAAGGCAGCUACCGGGAGAAAAUCUUUCUGUUUCUGCUAGACCUGGACCUUGGAAAGUGCACACGCAGAUUGACUACAUUCACUGCUUGGUGCCAGACUUGCUUCAGAUUACAAGUAACCCUUGUUACUGGGGAGUAAUGGAUCGAUAUGAAGCUGAGGCACUUCUUGAAGGCAAACCCGAAGGCACUUUUUUACUCAGGGACUCUGCACAAGAGGACUACCUCUUCUCUGUCAGCUUCCGCCGUUAUAAUCGCUCCUUGCAUGCCAGGAUAGAGCAAUGGAAUCACAAUUUUAGCUUUGAUGCUCACGAUCCCUGUGUGUUCCACUCCUCUACAGUCACGGGCCUCCUGGAACAUUAUAAAGAUCCCAGUUCAUGCAUGUUUUUUGAACCUUUGCUUACAGUCCCACUAACCAGGGCACUUCCUUUCAGCCUGCAGUACAUUUGCCGUGCAGCCAUCUGCAACUGUACGACAUACGAUGGCAUAGAUGCACUUCCUCUUCCCUCAGUUGUCCAGGAGUAUCUGAAGGAGUACCACUACAAACAAAAAGUGAGGGUUCGAUGGUUAGAACGAGAACCGUCCAAAGUCAAAUGAAGAUCUGCACGCAGCUGUUUUGCGUGGCAUUUUGGAGAGAGAGAAUGAAAAUAAAUAUUUUGACUUCCCAGGCACAUGGGAAAACAUUCUAGUUCUAAAAUGAUCAGUUUGAGUUUGACUUUGCAAUCUGGGUUUCUGAAGGUUUUCUUGCAGCUGCCUUUAGGUACUAGAGCACAACAUAAUUGUGCUGUGACUUUCAGAUGUUCAAGGUACAUCUGCAGACUUAACUUGUGUGCAUGUAUUUAUUAGGCUGAAAUUUGGCAACUUGCUAAUUUUUUUAUAGCUGUCUGUGUGCAGAAUACAAGCUGAAACAAAUUCUUGAUUUAGGGCAACUAUUGAGCUCUGAUAAGAUUUCAUGCAGAUGCUAUAUAUACUGUGCACAUUUACUGUAAAAUUACUAAUUCAAGUGUUGUGUUGUGAAUUUGAAGUAUUCUGUAAAAGAUUUGAAUUGAAUUAGGAAAAAUGUUACCAUUUUGGAGACGUACCUUUUUAUUCUGGGUGACCAUCAUGGUAUAUUAUCUUUGAAAAGUUUAGUCAGAUUGAAAAAACAUAGUUAUAACCACCGAUAGGUAAGAUUUCCAUGCAAUUAAUGCAUAUUGUAGUGAUUUUGACAGCAAGUAUAACAAAUGAGAAUUUCCAUAUGUCUACCAGAAAAUGAUCGUACUUAUUGUAAGAGCGAAUGAAUACCAUUUUGGUUACCCUGUGUAAAAUUCAUAUGAUCAGAUUCCCUGAUUAAAUUGCAUUAAAAAAUGAACCACAACUUUGAAAUAUUUGAACAAAGUGUUGUGUGAAUUACAAUUUUACAGAUCUAGGAUUUACACUUUGAGAUUAAAGCAUUCAAGGGCCUGUGAGAAAGAAUCCAGGCUAGCAUUUGUGCAGUCAGAAUAGAUUAUUUUUUUACAAUCCAGGAUAACUGAUUUGCUGAUAUAUAGGAAGUUGAAUCUCCUGAUUUUUCUAGCUACUGUUCUAGCAGUAGCUUGUAUGUUGCAAAAAUGUUACAAAGAGAAUAAUUUUGAAAGGUCUUUAAUUUAAACAUGAAGAUGGGCGAAAUUCUACCUGGGUUUUAGAUUUGCUCUAGAAUUUUAGAGUGUCCAGAAGUUGACAAUUUUUUAAUUGCAGCCUAUAUUUUGGAAAUGUUAUUCUUAUUUUAAGAGCUACUGGAAAAACGAUUGCAAAGUUGAGACCGAAUUCAAUAAUUUAACUUCUAGAUGCUGUAAAAUGCCACAAACAGUAAAUCUGGAUCUAGGGGAAAUUUCUCCUCUUGCAUCUGCUUCUGUUCAGCAUUGCCCUCAUCAAACUUGAGGUUUAGUAAUUUCUCUUUUUGUGAAAUUCUUGUACAAAGGAAUUUCAGCACAAAAUCAUUUUUAUUUUGAGCAAAUAUGGUCCCAAAUAUCCGGAUAAGGAGGUAUGGCCAAACUUUUAGUGUGUUUUGCUAAAUUAUUAUAAUUUUGCAUCGAUUUUAUGUCAUGUAUUGAUGCUAAUUAUUUUGGACAUUUUUUUGAAAAAAAUGGUCUACACUGAAUUUUGCACAUUUAAUUGCAUUUUUAGAAUGACAGUUGGAUAACUUAAUGGGACCCAAGAUAAACUGUAAUUGCCAUUUCAAACAUGAACUUCCAGUACUAUAUAUAGCCAUCUAAUGAGCGGCUUCUAUUGAGAAUUCAUUUUGCACUAUAAAGGUGAAAACUAUCACAUAUGCCACCUACAUAAGUUAAUGGACUUUAAUUUAGCCAACACUAUCACAGACUUACUUUCUUGUAAUUCCAAACAACUCCAAAAUAUCUAGAAUCAUUGAAAAGAGGGUUUCAAGUGUUUUUUUCAGGUUAAACUUUUCUUGAAUUAUUACAACAACUUGCAUUUAUAUUAAGUACUUGAGUGGACAAAGGUCUUCAAUGUGUAUUGAUUCCUUAAAAGAAACCUUUGCUGUUUUGCAAAUAACAGCUGUGUUUUGAAAUACAAAUUGAAUGCCUGCAGCACUAACCAGAAGCUCGAUAGUUGCUCUAUGAAAUGCUGUGUGGUUCUCACCUGCUUUUGUCUUGUUCAUCUCGCUAACCUUUGCAGUUUGGGCUCAUGAGCAGGUCACUCCUCUCCCAAGAUUAACUUCUUUGGACCUGAAUGUGUUGUAGCUUGCACAACAACAAUAAUGUCAUGUCUUCCUUUGUUCUAUCAGUGAAUACUUUAAACGUAUAUUCAUUUUAUUUAAGCAGGGUUGUUUGUUUUUUGUAUUUUAUGUUUACUAAAUCCAUGAAAGAAAAUAGCUGUGCUAGACUUUUAGUUUUUAACCAUUUAGUUUGUGCAUUGCUAAUAGAGACAUUAAAUGUUGCAAGCUCCAGUAAAGCAAUAUAUACCGAAAACUUAAUAUUUCAGGGUUUCCAGGUCAAUUCGAUAUUGUACAUAAAAUCUCUUUAACAACACCAGCAGUGAUUUUAUUCCAAAAUUUGUAAAAAAAAAUUACAUUUUCCUAGGCUUGUUUUAACAGUACACUGAUAUUUUGGUAGUGUGUACCAGAAAUAUAUUCUGCAAUGCUUUUAAAUGCCAUGCUAAUAACCUCUACUUGCCAUGCUAACGUUUAAGACACUGUCGACGAGUGCUGGCGAUGCCAAGCUGCAGGAUUAAUGUGUAUCAAGAAAUUCAAAAUGCUAGCUAAAUUAUACUUCAGUAUGUUUGUAAAUACUUCUGUUAAGAUUUAUAUUCAAUCAGCAGUGUUGGUUGUAUUUGUCUAUUCUAGUCAUCAGUAUAGUGGCCUGACUCUUGCCAUUUCUAUCAGCAGGUCAUUUUCUUAUUAAAAUGUGUAAAAGCUGCACAUUUAAACUGUAAAUAACAGUAUCACCAGCAUGAUUGACCUCCCAAAAGUGUAUAUUCAACUGGCAUCUUGUCUUUUUAAAUUUCUAUGCCUGCAGUAUGUCAGACCAAUUCCAAUUUCUUCCUUUGUGUUAUAUUGCAGUUACUUGUAUUCUUAGUAAGGGAUUGGUUCAUUUGUUCUAUUAAUCCUGUUCAGGUUCUUCUCAGACCUAAUAUUCAAAGCAACUGUAACUGUUAGUUGGUAGAGAACUGUGACCAAAACUGUUGUGUUCAAUUUAUUUGUGGGUAGAGGUACUUUGGCAAGCAAUAAUUUCAUUUUAAGAUCAUGCUGACUGGGCAUUCUAUACUAUUAAAUAUUAGUUGUAUACAUUUUUUAAUGGUGUAAUAGUUACGUAACAACUUGCAUUUAUAUAAUAGCGCCCUUCACGCCGGACCUAACUCUUAUUUGUCAGAUUGCUUUUACUCAGGCUGCUAGAAGAGGUACAGAGCUGUAGUUUCACAAAACUAUCUAUAAACGGGGUGGUGUGAUACUUGAUUUUAGUUAAAAAGGUAAAUCUGGAGAUUUUUUUUUGCAGUGUUAAGGAGCUGGAUGUGGAAUUAAAGCCAAGGUGCAAUGUUAAGAUACCCGUGGUUUUUGAUUGGGAAAAAAAAAUCAUGAUUUGUUAAACCUCCACAUACAAUUCUGUGGGCUGGGGGUAGGGGAUCUAGGGAGUAGUCUAUUAAAGGCCCGAUACUCGGAUAUUCCUUGCAAUCAAAGGUUUGUUCUGGCAUAUGUCCUUAUUCUCCUGAUGCAGAGUUUAAAACAAGAUUGUUUCACACAUAAGAAAAUUUUAGGAUUAUUUUAAACUUGUUUGUUCACCCACCAUCCCGUGGUUUGUAAAAAGUUUGUUUCGUUUAAAGGCUUUAUCAACUUGACUUGUCAAGUUUUAUUCAGUAUGCAGGUCUUUAGGACUUUACAAUCCCAAUGGUUGGUAGCUGGGCUGGCGUACAGUUCAGCACAAAAGCUCUUCCACUAAAUAUUUUGCAUUAUGCUAAGCUGGCCAUUUUUGUGCCUGAAUUAUUCACAUUUAAAGCCUUUUACAUGAAGGUUUCUUUGGGCUGUGAGUGAGAGGAUUUUCAAAUGGGUUUUCAAAUGAUUAAAUUCAAAUGAUUAAAGUUGGUAAAUUUUAGAGCUUUGCAUGAAAUGGUCUGGAAACAUGAGCUUUUUUCACAUGAUGCCAAGCUUCACAGUAGGUUCAAAUCUAUCUGCAUAUGUAGUCUAUGUUUACCUAAUACCACUGGUUAGAUAGUGAAUCUUGAGUUAGUGUGUCAGAAACGUUGAAAGCCCAUGAAGAGACACUUAACUAGUCUAUCCUUAUUUACACUUCCAUCUUGUUUUUAUGAUGGGUGGGGAAGGCGUUGAGCUUCCACAGCCCAAGUGUUCUUCCAUCAAUCGCCACAAAUUCCAGCCUGAUGUGGCAUUCGUUCUGGUCAGAAUCAGCAUCAGUUGGCUCAAGUAAUUUGACUUAUCCAGGUUUCAUCACCCAAACCUGUCUUCAGUAUGAGCACUGGUGAACACCAAGGAGGUUUUACGAUAGACCCAGAAACUAUGGCUUCAAGUGAGAUGUCUAAUGAAAUUCAUUACUUUGGAAUGAUGAACCGGAUAGGUGGAAUACCUAUCUUGGCCGAGGGGGGAGGAGCAAAUGAGCAAAGUGAAUCUAGGAGUUUCUUUAGUGUUUUUUUUGUAUUUUUAUCGCUUUCUGAUACCCAAAUUCAAAUACAGCACAGCCUUCUGGAAAGUCAUCUCUACUGGUUUGUGAGAAUGCUUUGUAAUGAGUUGUGCAGUCUCAUUCCACAUCCAGUGCAUGUGGAUUAACACCACAAAGCUGCCGCUAAAUUGCCAACCUCCAGCCACAAGGAUAGUUGAAAUAGGGAAUGGAAAUGUUUAAGCUAGCUGUGCCAAAUCUGAUCCAGAAAACCUGGUGCCGGAAGCCAAAAAUGAAUGUUCCAUUUUUCCAGCAAUAAUAUCUGACAUGAUUUUUAAGCACAGCUUGCACAAGUAACUUUCAAAAGCCAUACUUCAAAAGAGCUAUUCACUAUUAUUGAUGCCGGUUAAUUCAGUUGGCACUCUGGAUCCUCAGCUGCCCAUUUCUCCUUUUAUAUUUCUUACAAACAUUCGUAAUUUGUUCAACGCCUGCUCCACAAUGGUAAUGUUUCUUGUCUCCCUUUACUACAGGUUCUUUUAUGUUCUUAUGAAGACCUGUUAGAUUUGUAUUUAUUGGUAAGGAGACAUUGUUAGUUUUAAGCCACCUUUUCUAACCUAAAUUAUUUGUUUUUUUUAUUUAAUGAAAAUUUGUGCUGUUUGAGUCCUGUCAGAACAGGCAAAAUAAUCCUUAAAUGUUGUUGUGGAUUUUUAAAAAAAAAACGAUUUUGUGAUAACAAACCUAUUAAACCCCAGUGCUAUAUUUGCAUUACACCAGUGCUGGUGCUUUCAAAUAUAUGUGUGUGUUUCUGUAGGGGGAAAGGACGGCAGAUACCACUGUAAUCUGCAUAUUCCUCUGCUGUUCUUGCCUUAUGGAUCUUUCAAACUCAAAAUGAAGGAAAAAUGGUAAUUCAAUGUUAUUGGUGCCAUUUCUCCCAAUCCAUUCAAAGUCUCAUCUCUAUUGAGUUUCAAAAUGUGUGCUGUUUCUUUCAGUGCUGGAGUUGUUGUGUGAUGAUGCUCGUUUUGUACGGAUAUUGAUUUUUUAAGCGUGUUGUACACGAAUUUCCUUAUUGGAUUCCGAAGCACUUUGCAAGAAUUUUGUAACCUAUAUAUUCGGUUCUAUGUUUAGUUUAUUCCUUUAUUUAUUUACAUCAGAACAACCUAACAGUGAAAAGAGCAUAUACAGAAUGUAAAGACGCAUGGUAGAACGUUAAUUUCGUCCUUCUUCAGGGGAAUCAAGGAGAAAUCUCUGUCAUAAGAACUUAUAGAAUUUAAAUCUAAAAACAGAAUCUACACUGCAUUUGUACCACAAGAUUGAGUGACUGAUACCUCUGACAGUCUCAUGGUAUUAAAGCUUGCGGUCAAAGCUAUUUGUACAUUUAGUUUAGGAAUUGAAAACUAGUUUUUUUAAAAAUGUGCUUUAUUUUUGUGAGGGCUAGAUUAUGAGCAAAAUGGUGUAAAAGGUCCACGAGUUGCAACUGAAAUGUUGUGGUGGCGGGGAGCUCUAUCUGCUCUAAUUGUGAAUGCUUCUUCAAAAUGUGAGUUACAUUAAAAGUUAAAGGAAUAUUUACACCAUUUUUGUGGGUACAGAACACUUGUGAUUUGAGAGCUCACUUUAUGGUCGCUGAGAGUCAUGAGUGAUUUUAAGUGUUGCAUUACAUUUUUUUCUAAAUGAGCUGUGAAUGAUAUUUUACAGAAUUGACCUUUCUGAUUUUCUAAACUCCCUCCAAAAAAUAUUUUACAUUUGUGCACUUUGAGAUUGUAAUCUCCUUUUGGGGGAGGUUAGGGUUAGAGUUUGAGAGUGCAGAAUGAUAUAAAAAAAAUUCUUUGAUGCAAAUUUAUUGGUUUAAAAUGAGAAUUGAUGCUUUGUUUAUUAUACAUGUCUGUAUCUUGAGUUUUCUUCUGUUUUCUCAGAUCCAGCUUCUAGUGACAUGGCCAAUAUUAUACACUUAUUGUAAUAUCUAUUCUGUAUACUCUUAUCAAAAAGAAUAACAUGUAGAGAUAAUGUUUACUUUGCAUAUGAAAAACUAUGUUCAUUCUGUCGUAUUAUACAAUUUGUGGCACCAUUUUUUUUCACUUUUGUAUAAUACAGUCCUGCAAAUUUCUCCCCCCACCCAACUUUCCAUAAGCUUUAUUGGUGCUCUCACUCUGGCUUCAUUGUCUUAAUGUGGAAUAAAGACUACACGCAUUGAAUGCAUUAGUAUUUAUAA